AUGUAUACGAGCCCAGAGGCUAGCAUCGCUUCCAAUAAAAAACCGGGCUUUGAAAACCUGAAGUUCUCCAAGACUCACCUUUCGACUCCCUCAACACCGCCGCCGACGUCCUCAGCCACCAACGGGGUCGCCAGCACGUCGUCGGCAGCUCAACAGCCCACGCAAUCAAGAGACGCAACUCACCCAUCACGCUUUUUCGCUAGUCCCUCGACCUCAUACGGCAAUGUCCUCGUCCCAAGCUCAAGCCCACUAUCCUCUGAGACCGUUUAUCGACCUUACAACUCUCAUAGCUCAUCUUUUGAGCAUGACGUGGCACCAGUCGCUGGAGGAAGCCAUAGCGGCCAGUGGGGUAUGGCGAGGCCACCGUUUGGCAUGGACCCCCUGUCUGCGCCCAGUGGCUUCGUAUUGAAUGGAAACGCUUCGAACGCGACACUGCGCCGACCUUGGGGUGGAGAGGGCUCAGAUGGGGGAUAUGCGCGAGAUGAGGGACCCCCACGCAAGAAAUUCAAUCGUGGUCCUUCUAUUGACCCGACCGACGUCGUGAGUUCGCCAGGCUCACCAGAAAUUAGCCGUCUCUCUACGCGGAGGCGAAUCACCACAGGCGCACCAGACUCUCUUUCCCUUUCGUCUGAUGAGUCUAUGCCCGACAUCUCAACUGCCUUCGUGGCGCCCUCAAGGUCGCGUAUCGUCCGAGAGCGCCCUGGUCACGUCGCGCGUUCAUCUGUCGACCAGGCUGAUGACCCGAAAUUCAUCCAGUUCAAGAUCACGAACCCUUUAGAAGAUGCUUCUCGAGUGCGCGCCGCUUGGGAUCAAGCUCAUGGCGACUCCAAGCGUGCUACUGAUCUACUUGCCGACCCUCGUUGGUCGCCGAGUCAACCACCACCACAAGCACAUAAUGACCAAGGCCUAUUGCGAUUCAAGAUGACCAUGCCAGGCCACGAUCCAGCUCGCAUACAUGCAGCAUGGACCUCUGCUAGUGGUGACAUCAGAAAGGCUACCGACUACGUGCUGGAUUCAUCAUGGUCGCCGCCAUCGAAGUCACCAAGUAAACCUGUAGAAGACCUAGGGAAGGUGAAGGAGAUAGACGACGCUAAUAAAGCCCAGCGCGCUGCUAUUCGCGAGAAGGGGAAAAAAUCUGCUAUAUAUGCGAACAGAUCAUCUAUCCUUCCCAGCAAACCUCCAGUCCUUGCUACGACUCCACCCACUGUCAAAGUCGACAUCGACCUCACUGCCUCGCCUUUAUCCCCCAUCAUCGCAGCUCGCAGUAAACGUCCCAAACGCUUGGUUCUCGAAUCUGAUUCGGAUCUCACUGAAAGCGAGAAGGAAGAAGAUGAACCGGUCGAUUCAAGAUACAAGCAGGCGCUUGAUUAUUUCAACAGAUCGACACCUGAUGCAAUCGUUGAACUGACUGGUUGCACGAAGGCACAGGCCGAAGCAAUUGCAGAGCUCAGGCCGUUCGACUCAGUUGACGAUCUCAAUGAAAAACUGGGCCAAGGCAAGAAGAAGGCUGGGUCAGUGGGCAUUAGCUCUAGAUUGUUUGAAGAUUGCAGCAGAAUCUUCGAGGGAUAUGAUAAGGUCGACAAGAUCCUCGAAGAUUGCGAGAAGAUCGGCGUGCGUCUUAACGAUGCGAUUGCUCAGUGGGGUGCUGCGAUCAAAGGAAAGGGGAAGGAAGACCCAAGUAAUCCCAUCGAGGUGGAAGAAGGUGCUCUGAGCCUACGGUCGAUAGCUUCUAUCAAAGGCCGCAAACCCUUGGACUUCAUGUCUGACCAACCGUCCUUACUUUCGGAUUCCGUUCAACUCAAGGAGUAUCAACUCCUCGGUGUCAACUGGCUGAAUCUGUUGUACCGCAAUAAACUAAGUUGUAUAUUGGCAGACGAGAUGGGUCUCGGGAAAACCGUUCAAGUUAUCAGUUUCUUCGCGCAUCUCAAGGAGAAGGGACAGAAAGGACCUCACCUAAUCGUCGUACCUUCUUCUACACUUGAGAAUUGGUGUCGAGAGUUUGCCCGCUUCGCACCAUCAAUCUCCGUACAGACCUAUUACGCCGGUAAAGAAGAGAGACCACACCUACGCCAAACUCUGAGUGACACUCAAGCGUGCACGAGCGAAACAGGCGAGGGGUGGGAGGUCCUCAUAACGACCUACAAUUUGGCUCAAGGCGACGAGAAGGAUCGCAAGUUCUUUCGACGUAUCGAGUGGGACUGCUGCGUCUUCGACGAGGGUCAUGUUCUGAAGAACUUCCAGUCCCAACGCUACCAGGCACUGCUUAGGUUUGAUUCUCGAUGGAGGCUCCUUUUGACCGGGACUCCACUACAAAACAACUUGCAAGAGCUUGUGUCUCUCAUGAACUUCAUCCUGCCGGAGCAAUUCACCGAUGCGAUGGGCGAGCUGAGGGCCAUCUUCAAGGCCAAAGGUGACUCCAAGGUCACGCUCCUCGCCAAAUCGCGAGUGUCAAGAGCAAAGAAGAUGAUGACACCUUUCGUAUUGCGUCGGCGGAAGGACCAAGUGCUUAAGGAUCUCCCCAAGAAGACGGAGAGGAUUGAGUGGUGCGAGAUGACUAAGUUACAGAAGAAAAUCUACAUGGAUACCCUUAAGCGCUCGCGCAAGACGAUCUUCGACGCUGCUACCGACGCUAAAGCGGCUGAAGAUUCUGCACCCACUCCACCGGCUAAUGGCCGAGCAAGCAAGGCAGCGCCUAAGAAGGCCAAAGCGAAACCAAAGCCUCGAGGAAAAGACAAGAUGUACCUGGAGAACAGCUCCAACGUCCUUAUGGAUUUGCGCAAGGCCGCGUCGCACCCAAUGCUCUUCCGUACUCUGUUCACCGAUGAUAUGCUCUCGUCGAUAACUAGGCAGUUACUCAAGGAGCCUGACUUCAAGAAACGCGGAGCCUUAUUUGACCUUGUCAAGGAAGAUAUGUCGGUGAUGACAGAUGCAGAGCUUCAAAUAUUUGCCGCCACGUAUAAGUCAACGCGACGAUAUGUUCAGGACGAGAAGUGUUACGUCGAUGCGGGCAAAGUUUCUGUCCUCUUGAAGCUGCUAAAAGGGUAUGACGAAGAGGGCCGGAGAGUGUUAAUUUUCUCUCAGUUCACCCAAAUCUUGGAUAUCCUGCAAGCAAUUCUCAAUCAAAGGCAGAUCAAGUUCUUGAUCCUCACAGGCUCUACUCCCGUCGAUGCUAGACAAUCGUUAGUCGACGAGUUCACGGAGGACGAAUCCAUCAAGGUGUUUUUACUUUCCACGAAAGCGGGAAUGGGAAUCAAUCUUACCGCUGCAUCGGUCGUGAUAAUGUUCGACCAGGAUUUCAACCCACACAACGAUAAGCAAGCGCAGGACCGAGCAUACCGAAUAGGACAAAAACGAGACGUCGAUGUUGUCAAGCUUAUCACACGCGGAACUAUAGAGGAAGAUAUGCUAAAAUUAGGGCAAACCAAACUAGCAUUAGACGAGGCCGUCGCUGGCGACUCAGACGAGAAGGAGGAGACUGCUCAGGAGCGAGAAAUCAAGAUGUCCCUCAUGAACGUUCUACGACAACAACUCGAGCAGGCGCAGGAUGAUGGGUCGGACAUGGACACUGCAUAG